AUGGACUGUCUUGUAGCUGCUACCUUUGCCGGAACCCACCCAUGGACAUGUGAAGUUAUGCGCCAAGGGAUUAGUCACGGUCAUUUCCGGUGCCGGUGCCGUCGCGCCGCCGGCGACCUCCUGUUUAAGCAGCGCUUAAGCGGUGAUAGCGCAGUUAAAAUCGUUUUACUGGCGAUCAUCGAUCAAAAAAUUGGACCACAGCCGCCAACCGGCCCGUGGUGCAAUUACGACAACGACGACGACGACGACGAGGCCGCAGGAACCGACAAAAGGCAUGAAUCGACGAAAUCAUUCACAGGCUCAAAAAACGUCCCCGCUUUCAACAGUGACCAUCCGUCACCAAGACCCAUUGUACCCGUUCCGUCGGUGUCGACCGAUCAACAGGCGAAAGGAGACUUGCGACUGCCUGUGCGACCGACUACAGCCAGGGAGUUGGGCAUCGUCGACUGUUGA